AUCAGAGAAAAAAACUGUGAGGACGAGAAACUCUCCUUUCUUUCCGGCAACUUUCUCAGUUGAUCGGCGAGUCUGGUCAGAAUCUAUACAACUUCACCAACCAUUUGUUUUGUAGUAACGAUUGUUAAGAGUACGGUCCUGAUAAAAAAUUAAAAAAUGGUGCAAAGUCAGUCUCUAAGCACGUUAACGAUCUGUGGGAGUGUACAAGUUUACAACAAUUCAUGGAGGAGGAAUCGUGUAAAGUUUGUGAAAUCUUCAGGAUCGAUUGGUGGUGAUCUAUUUCAAUUCUUGCGUACAUCAUCAUCUCUAGGAAAGUCAUUAAAGCAAAGAAACAUGAUGAGGGUUGAAGCUAGAUGGCCAUUUCAAGGAGGUGGUGACGACCAAGGAGGUCUUGACCCAAACUCUGAGCGUAGCGAGAGUGCCAAUGAAGAUAUUUUGAUCUUCUUCUUUCAGCUUGACUUGGCUACUCGUGUACAGUGUGCUUUGAAUAUGGAGCAGUAUGACAUUGCUCAACAGCUCAGAGAAAAGCUAACUGAGGUUGAAGAGGAGGCGAUAAGACUGCAGGAAGCGAAAAGAGGAUCAUCAUCUAAAAGUGAAGCACAAGACAAGGGUAUUAGCAUUAUAAGACUACGUGCAGAUCUCCAGAAUGCUAUUGACGGUGAGGAUUAUGGUUUGGCAGCUAAAUUAAGAGAUGAAAUCUCAAAGCUUGAGGCAGAGUCAUUAGCUGUGUCUGCCAAAGCCUUGGCUUUUGAGAAUGCAGAGUAUGCAUUUCGUUUGGGACAGAAACUUAAACACAAAACUUUUGGUUACCGAGCUGUAGUUUGUGGGAUGGAUCCAGUUUGCUGUGAAUCAAGCUCUUGGAUGGAAGCUGCAGAAGUUGAAAAGUUGCCUCGUGGUUCCAAUCAGCCAUUUUAUCAGGUUCUUGUCGAUGUUCGCACCCAUCCUGAUCUACUAGUUGCAUAUGUUCCUGAAGACAAUCUUUUAGCUCCAGAGAAACCUGACAAAGAAAGGUUUGAUCAUCCAUACAUAUCUUUCCUCUUCUAUGGUGCGGAUACAGCUGGAGAUUUCAUCCCAAUCCAACAGCUUCGUGAGAAGUACAACAAACCUCGGCAUGAAGUUCCUUUUGAUUCAAAAGAUGAGGACUAAGAUGAAAGUGGCAUUCCCUCUCACAGAUUCUAGCUCAGACCACACAACAAAGCAGGAAUCUUAGCAUAGUUCAGAGCUGUUCGUUCACUGUUGGUUAUUUUUAUAUACCCUCGUUCGAUGUAGUCAACACAACUGUUCUUGCUCUGUGCACUACAACAAAUAAUCGUUAUCCAAGAGUGCUUUUGUGUAUAUAUGAUUCUUUGUUCAUCCAGAAAAGCUAUAACAACUCAGUUUCCAUUGUGC